AUGCAAGGAGAAGAAAUGGGAGCAAAUGUGGAUCAUGAAGCACAACAAAUGCCUUUGCUUGAUCAGUCUGACUGCAGUUUAAACCAAAAGGAGCCUGGAUCCAGGAUCUCGAGUGUCCUGAGCACCUUAACUUGGCCCUCUGAAGAAGAUACGGUCCUUGCCAUGAACCAGCAAGAACAACCUCUGUCCCCUGUGUCCCACUCAAGCCUACCUCUGGAAUCUGAGCCUGAUGCCAAACUGCUUCCACAUCCUCCUUCCCAUGUCCAAAGCCCCAGGCAAGCUCAGGCCCCUGCACUUAAUGCAAAUCACCUUGCUCAACCUCCAGCCCUUGAAGGUUACCAGCCACUGGCUCCUGUACCCUGCUCCAGACCACAUCUCAACUGUGGUAUGGACGAUAAGAAGUUACUGGCCGUUCACCCUACUGUGAGCCAUCCUCUCCGGACUGCCACCUCUGUGUCUGAUUCUAACACUGUGGCCUCUGCUUCUGAUAGAGAAGAUGGAGCAGAGAAAGGUAACCUUGUGGCAGUAACUAGAGAGUGGGAUCUUGGUGACUCAGGUACCCAUGAUACAGAGACUUCUGAUGAUUCAGGGGUCAGUUUGUUGGCCAAAAGCUUUUCUGCUGUUGGAACUGAAGCGUUCACUGGCUGCUCUGACACCAGCCGUGAAACAGUGGACCAGCACAUGGAUAUACAGUGUGGAAAAUCUCCACCUGACCACUCUUCUUGGCCUUCACUGGAAAGUCUGAUAACAUCCACAGACUCCACGAGCAGAGACUCUGCACAGCCCCUUCCAAUGCUAGCAUUCACCAAUCCAAUCCACUUCCUCCAGCUCAGCCCUCCAUCACCACCAACCACCAGAAAGACCUACCAAGAGCAGGAGUUCUCAGGGGAGCUGCAAUGGGACCAACAAGCAGGCAUCUUUGAUGUGGACAUAAAGAACUCCCAAGCUCCAUUGGUAGUCACAGAGAAAACACAAGAUGAGAGGAGGGCCAAGCAAAGGCUGGAAGAAGGAGGAGAACACCACUUGGUAGCUCAGCCAAAGGAGAACAUUCCCAGACAUUCACCCUUGGAAAAAUCAUCGAGUUGGCCUGACAAAAAAGCGAUCAGGGUAGUUGCACAGGAGCCAGGAGCCAAUCAAGAAAACCCAAUUAAACGACGAGUAAAAAGCAAGGACUGGCACCGUCAGGGCCUGAAAAGGACAUCAGUACCACCAGACAUCUUGCAGGAAAUUCCUUCUGUUCCUUCAGAGGAAGAAGCACACAAGGCACACAGGGAACCACCAGUCAGUUCAGAAACAGUUAUAUUGCGAGAGAAGAAACCUGCAGAUGCAAUGGAGAAUUUCAAACGCCGGCACUCCAAACUAAUCAACUCCUCAAGAUUGUUGUAUCAGGAGUACAGUGAUGUGGUUCUGAACAAGGCCAUUCAAAGCCAGAAGAGAGUGGAUUCUUUCGCAGAGGAUAUAGAGUCAAGUUUCCCAAGCUCCCCAAGGCUGCGGAGGAAAGUGCUAUCUCCCCAGGACUCAUAUUUGCAACGUCUGUCAGUCUCAUCCAAUGCAUCCCUCUGGCAGGACAUCCCCAUGGUACGGGGCAGCAGAAUGCUGCUCAAUAUGUCCCGUGAUGAGCAGAAGCUGCAAGAGGCCAAGUUUGAGUUGAUAAUGUCUGAGGCUUCAUACCUGCGCAGUUUAAAUGUGGCAGUGGAUCACUUCCAGCGAUCAGCAGAGCUCCAGGCAAUGCUCACCAAUCAAGAGCGUCAGUGGCUUUUCUCCCGCCUUCAUGAUGUACGUGAUGUCAGCGCCAGUUUCCUCUUUGACUUGGAGGAGAAAUUUGAGGAGGACAUGUUCACCUUCCAUGUGUGUGAUGUGGCUCUGAAACAUGCCCCUGAGUUCCGCAGGGUGUAUCUACCAUAUGUAACAAACCAGACGUAUCAGGAGCAAACUUUCCAGCGGUUACUAAAUGGAAAUGCAGGGUUCCAGCAAGUCCUGGAGAGACUGGAAAGUGAUCCAGUGUGCCAGCGCCUCUCACUGAAAUCCUUCCUCAUCCUCCCUUUCCAGCGCAUCACUCGACUCAAACUCCUCCUACAGAAUAUCCUGAAGAGAACUCGGCCUGGGUCUGAGGAGGAAGUGCAAGCAACACAGGCCUAUGAUGCACUUGAAAAGCUCAUCAAGGACUGCAAUGAAAAUGUCCAGCGCAUGAAGAGCACUGAAGAGCUGAUCUACCUCAGCCAGAAGAUUGAGUUUGAGUGCAAGAUAUUCCCACUCAUCUCACAGUCAAGGCGACUGGUGAAGUGUGGUGAGUUGACAGCACUGGACUACAGUACUCUGAGUCCAAAAUGGAAAGUCACCACCCGUCCCAUCUACCUACAUCUUUUCACUGACUGUCUGCUCCUGUCUCGGCCAAAGGAGGGUGGACGUUUUGUUGUGUUUGAUCAUGCUGCUUUCUCAGAUGUGCGUGGGGAGAAGUGCGAGAUGAAACUGCAUGGAACAAACAAAAAUGUUUUUCGUCUCUUUCUACUUCAGAAUUACCAGGUGUUUCGUACAGAGACACACAGUGAGAAGCUGAGGUGGAUCUCUGCUUUGGCCCCUCCCCGAGGAGAACUGGACCUCCUGGAAUGCCCUGAUGCACCACAGGUUCAAUGCAUAAAGACUUACAAGGCUCGGGAGAACGAUGAGCUGGCUUUGGAGAAAGCAGAUAUCAUCAUGGUUAUGCAGUACAGCAAUGAUGGGUGGAUGGAAGGAGUAAAACUUUCAGACCGGGAGAGAGGCUGGUUCCCCUCAGAACACGUGGAACUCAUCUCCAGCAAACAUGCGCGGCAGAAGAACCUGAAGGAGGAAGAACGUGUGAAGAAUGCCAAGCAGCAGGUCUUCUGCAAAAAAUAAGACUCCGUUUGGAGCUGUACAGUCUCCUUG